AUGAAUAAAACAAAUAAACGUCUGGAACACACUGCGGGGCAAGGCUGUGGACGAAGGUACCUAAAGAACAGCCAGAAAGCGUCUGGAUAUGAACAAAACUCAACAAGGCAGCAAGUGUGCCUUCCAGCUGCCCGACACUCCCUAUACAUUGUUUCCAUUGACUGCUCCGUUUGGUUUACAGCCGCUUUUACUUUUGAUCGCUUUGUAGCGAUUUGCUGUCUGAAUUUCAAGCGAUAUUUCUGCUGUCUGAAAACUGCAGCUGUAAUUAUUUUCGUUGUUUUUGGUGCGAGCAUUUUAAAAAGCAUUCCGGUUUACUUUGUAUAUAAACCUGUCCUGGUAAUCCGCAGUCUCCCGUGGUUCUGCAGAGGGAAAGCAGAGUUCUGGGAUUCAACGUACUGGAAACUCUAUCAGCGCGGUAGUAUGUUUGUUACCUUUUUAUUACCCAUUCUAUUGAUCUCUUUGUUCAAUGCUUUAACGGUCAGGUACAUUAUUGCGGCAAAUAGAGUUCGCAGGAAGCUUCGCAGUAAUGUUGGAAAUAACUCUGAUCAAGAAGCGGAGAACAGGAGAAAGUCGAUUGUUUUGCUCUUUGCUGUAUCAGCCAACGUCAUCCUGCUGUGGAUGCCCAAAGCUGUUUAUACAUUAAACUGGCAACUUCAAAAUUACAAUUAUGGAAAUAAGUACCUGAAUAUCCCCGUUUACGUCGCUCAACAGAUGGACAGCCGUCUAUAUGCCAUCAAGGUAGAUAUCGAAGAACAGGUUACUCCCCGAAAAUUUAAUUUAAUGGCAAUUGCAAUCCUGACUCGGAGAAAAUGCGGCCUCACCAAAUGCAUCACCAUUUACCUGGUAGGAAUGGCUACAGCUGAUUUACUUGGCGUCAUCAUCGCUGUUGUAUUGGAACAGAUCAAUAAUAUCUAUGUUUAUGCCCGCUUCUUGCUUAUUACUCCGAUUUGCGCUGUGACACAUGUCCUCAGGCUUGCCAUCAUGGAUUGUUCUGUUUGGCUCACGGUGGCCUUUACGUUCGAUCGCUGCAUCGCCAUUUGUAGUCAAAGGCUCCGAGAACGAUAUUGCACAGAGAGGACAGCAAACGUCGUUAUAGUAAUUGUUUGUGUAGGGAGCUGUGCGAGGUACGCUCCAUGUUAUAACUCGGUGGAACCUUACAUUAUCGUUGACAACGUACCCUGGCGCUGCAUUGGUAGCGCUGAAUAUUUUACUUCAGCUGUGUGGAAAGCAUACCAGAUGUUUAAUACUAUCACGACACCUUUAUUGCCAAUUGGUUUAAUUGUACUGUUCAAUGCUAUAACAAUCAGACACAUUAUUAUGGCAAACAGAAUCCGACGGGAGCUCAGGCAGAGCAGCGAUAAUCGGAAAGAUCCAGAGGUGGAGAACAGGAGAUACUCAAUGAUUUUGCUAUUCGCCCUCUCGGGCAAUUUCAUAUUGUUGUGGAUACCCUUUGUUGUAUAUACUAUGAACUGGAAAAUUCAAAAUUAUUAUUACACAGACAGGUACUUCAGUAACCGGACGUACAUCAUGCAACAAUUUGGGUUCAUGUUGCAGUUUCUCUGUACCUGCACAAACACGUGUAUCUACACAAUGUCACAGAGGAAAUUCAGGGAGGAGCUGAAGAAAGGAGUCAGAUAUCUGGUCACAAUAAAUGGGGUGUUUUGGAAAUAA